UGUCUUUUGGCGGCCGAAACUGUCCCGACCGAAAAAACAUCUGCACAGAAUAGGAUCAAACUAGGGACCUAAUCAUGCCCGCACACACGACCGACCCAACCGCUAUAUCGUCUCUGCAAGCGCAGGAAGCUGCAGAGUACCUCAGCAAGAACAAGGUGCACCAGAUCGUGCAGCAGCUGGUGUGUGCUUGCUUGUAUGAGCGGCCAGAUGACCCAAAAGAGUUCAUGGUCCGGAAAUUGGAGGAAAUGCGGAAUGCGAGGGCGCGAGGCCAGUCGUUAGUUCUCUUCACUCGCGAGAAUCUGGUGGCCUUGUUUCGCAUCUUCGACGUUACGAGCAGGGGAGCUAUCACAAAGCAGCAAUAUGACCAAGCCAUGAAGAACAUUGGUGCAUACGACAAAGCGAACGCAAGGCCUAGCGGGAUCGAGCAGGACCUCAUCCGGCAGGAGACAUUUGUUGAAGAGGCCGCUGCCGCUUUGAGUAAGCUCAGAUGAAUCAAGGCGAUGGAAAGAAGCACAUGUACAUACAUUGAUUCGGACAUCUUGACGGCCGUGCGAAACUGGACAUCGUUUCUCGGACGACGGUCGCUGCAGUGUGGGUCAAAUACAGGCAAUACAGGCAAUGAUGAUAUGCUGUCGAAUUCUCAGUGAUUCCAAUUCA